CAUUUCCUGCUGAAUUGUGCAUGCGGAUAUUGUGUAACAGCACGAGCCGACAGGGCGAUGGCAGCAGCGAGCGUAGUUCUGGAGUUUCAGGGGAUGGGCGUGUCAGCGGUGUGUUUGCAUCCUGAUAAUAGCGUACAAGUAUAUUUUGACUUCUCGGAACGAUACAACGGGGAGGUCUCGGCGCACGGCACAAGACCUUACACAAUGUCGCUGGUAGGCCUCGACUCCGCAACGCCCUCCAAAGGCCCAACGGGCCCCCUGGCCCUGCCGAAGCCGGUUCGCAAGGACGACCCGCCCUACCCCCACCACGCCGUGCACGACCCCUGCACAAACCUCACCUACCUGCUCGGCCCGAAACUGGGGCUGCUCUCGCUUAGCCGCGCAGGCGACGUGACGCGGCUACUGGCGCCCGACGCCCUGCUGAACAUGGGCGUGCGGAGCGCGAACGGCAUGGUGCCUGACGGCAAGGGCUGCCUCUACAUUGCUGCUGACUGGCGGAUCGAGGACAAGGACGACCCUGCCGGUAGCCGCCAUCGGGUCCACCAGGCCGCGCUGGUGCGCGUCUUCCUGCCGGGCGUGUGCGGCCGCAAGAUCGCCUCUGUGGCGCUGCAGGCGCUGCUGCCGCCGCAGGCCGGCACCACCGCCGGCCUGGCGCUGCACUACCCCACGGACACGCUGUACCUGGCGGCGGAGGGGGGCGUGUAUGAGUGGGCGGAGAACGCGUCAGGCGGCGUUGAACUCCGCAGGUUGGUGCACGGCAGGCACCGCCGUAUCUACGGCUCGGACCAGGACGAUGAAGAAGAGGCGGAGCCAGAGGCAGCGGGGGCAGAGGAGGCGGGGGCGGGGGGCGACGUGCAGGCAGGGCGUGAGAUUGCGCCCGCCGCAGGCGCGAACGCGGCAGCAGGGGAUGGUGCAGAUGCCGGGACCGAGGCAAGGGCCGCAGCAGGCGCUACACCACCGAAGCUACAUUACAUCCGGGGGAUUGCGGUGGAGGAGAGUGGCGAUCUGUUGCUCGUGCACGAGGGCGAUGAGCCAGAGGUGGAGCCAGGCCCUGAAGACGUGUACGCCGACGGCAACCCGAUCAACAUGGGCUGGCUGGUCCGCGUGCGGCUACAGCCACCGCAAGGCGGCAGUUCCCCCGGCGGCAGCAGCAACGGCAGCGGCGGCGGCGGCGGCAACGGCCGCGUCAGCGUAACCACACUGAUGACGCUCCGGAGCUGCGCGGAGCUGCGGCAUAAUCGGGGCUGGAGCCCGCACCUGCGCAUCCUACCGCACGGCUGGCUCGCCAUCACCGAGCCGCACACCGACUGCCGACAGUUGCGGCUGCUCAGGCUGGGCGGCGACAUGCGGCCCUGCCGGCCACUCACGCCGGACUGCCUCACGUCGCCGGCGGCAGCGGCGGCCAGGCGCGCGGCGCUCGCCGCCGACCUGGGUGCGCUGCUACCGCCGGGCUGCGGCGGGGCGGCGGCAGCCGCUGCAUCUGCCGCCGCCGGCAGCGGCAGCGGCAGCGGUAGCGGCAGUAGCAGCGGCAGCGGCAGUGUGUGGAGCCCGCAGCCGGAUGUGGUGGUGCGGGUGGGCGGUCAGGACUUUCCGCUGCACCGGGCGGUGCUUGCGGCGCGCAGCCCCUUCUUCGCCGACCUGUUCGGCGCGGUGGGCAGCGCGGCGUCCGGCGGCGUGGUGCCGCUGCCGGAGCCCUACACCGCGCCCGUGUUCCGGCACGUGGUGGCCUACAUGUACACGGGCGCCGCGGAGGACUGGGACGCCCACACCAGCAUGGCCGUGGCGGACCUGGCGCACCUGCUCGACCUGCCCGGGCUGCGGGUGGCGGCGCAGCGGCACCUGCUGGAGGUGGUGCGGCCCGCCACCUUCACCGCCGUGCUGCGCUGGUCCACCGGCUGGCCGCUGACGGUGGCCCGCGCCGCCACCGCCACUGCUGGCGCAAGCGGCGCGGCAGGCGCGGCGCGUGCGGCGGGUGCAGCGGGCGCAGCUGUGGCAGCCGGUGCAGCGGGUGCAGCGGGUGCAGCUGGGGCAGCCGGCGGGGGCUUUGUCCUGGCGGACGAGCUGUGCAGGUGGUACGCGGCGCACCAGCGGGAGGUGCUGGCGCAGGCGCCGCAGAGCCUGGCGGAGCUGGCGCAGGGCGACGGCGGGCAGCUGGCGGUGAAGCUGCUGCAGGCAGUGGCGGAUAGGUCGGCGGCGGCGGGGCCGGGGGCGGGGGCGGGGCCGGGGCGGCUGGCAGGCCAUCGGCGGCGCAGGUCGGAGGGUUGAGGGAGUGAGGGGAUUGUGGCGGGUUGGUAGGUGCCAGGUGCGCAUGAACCGGCGGUUGCGGAGUGGGGGCGGUGAGCCUUGCUGCUAUGAGCCUAUGACGUAUGAGAUGAGGCUUUGUGUGGUCGUGACGGCCACAAAGGUAUGUGGAUUGGGGUGCGGUGGUAGAUGGCGCCUGGCAUGCAUGGGUGAUGGGUGAGUGGAAUAGCAGCGAGUAAGGAAAGGGCGUGAUUAUGGUACACCUCUUGCAGAACCGCCAGACAGGGGCCCCAAGCCAAGAGUGGUGACGUUAAUUGCGUUGUAUUCAGCGGUUGGUGCGUUGCCUUUCUCACGCCUGACUGCCUGGUGACUUCUGCAUUGCGGGUUGGGGCUUCAUGGCGCACUCAAUGGGUGAGAACUAUGGGGGGUGAGGGGACAGCAGCAGCAACAGCAACAAGCGGACUGGGAAGUGGGAACGGAAAAGAUCAGGCAGCGGCUGAUGGUGGUUUAGGUCGGUGCCUAGGAUUCAGUGGUGAUGUCAGUAGUAAAGGAGUCUUCAAGGCAGACAUGGUGCAGUCAUGGAUAAGAGAACCAUGUAGGGACUAGGGAUCCAUAAUUUAUUAAUGUUACAGCGGAAACCGCGCCAUGAAUGCGCGGAGAAUGAGCCAAAUUCAUGCGGUCAGACGGGAUACCGCGCCACGUAGUAUGUAUGUAAAUCGGUGGAAUGGACAGGGCAGUUAGUAAUGUUAUGUACAGCAAGAGGACGAGUCGAGUGAUUUGGUUACGAGGGCACAGCGCUAGCGUGACCAUAUUUGGAGCUAGGCAGUUAACUUGGGGGGGACUAGGGGCUCACAAACGGGGGCGGGGGCCUGAGCAGCCCCGUGCCGAAACACAGCGCAAGCUGAAAACCAUAUGAACACCCUGCUUGUGCACACGGUAUGUUUACGGUCUUCUUGAGAGACUUAUAGCAUUCAGGUUGACAAAAGAUGAUUGCUUGAAUCCAGCAAAUGCAAAUUAGCGACAGUUC